GGCGGUGUUGAUCAUGUGACCGCUACAUCUUCCUGUUUACCACUUGCACCGUGUUAGACCACUUCGAUUGCAACACACUAUUUACUGCUGAACUUUACUGGCAGCGGAGAAUAACAAAGAGUGUUUUCGAUUUUCUGUGAGAAGGAUAAUACCACCUAAACAGAUUUUUAAAGAUUUUUUUCUGCAGAUGCGUGAACAUCUUUGGAAUUAACACUUGACAUUGAAAAACGUGACGAGGCCCGGGAAUCCUCGGGGUUUCCUGUGUCGCUUGCCCAAGAAUGGUCGGAUUGAGCAAACUUCUUUCCCCUUUUGUCUCAUGGUGUUCCUGAUUUUUAGCUUAUUGUACUGUGGAUGUGCGUGGCUUGUUCGAGAACACACAACUUAAUGGCAUAACAGGUGGUAGCCUAUGCUACAAAGUAGCAAGCCGUACUUUUCACUAACGUUAGCCCAAAGAGCUAACGUGAUAAGGAACCAUAAUUUAGCUAGCCAAUUCGCUAGCUAUUCUCGAAGAGCUUACAAAGCAGUCUGUUUUUCCACUUGCCUUUUAGAAAAGACUUGGUAUUAGCUAGCCUUUCGGCUAGUUAAUACACUCCGGGUGUUAGGGGGGACGUAUCGCCGUUGCCCUGAAUUCGAGACGUGUCCCUGGCUCCGGCCGCCUCAAGCGGGCAGUCAGGAAGAAACUGGCCGGGAGGGGAUGGCCUGGUGGGUCUUCCCGGCCUCAAGGAGCAGCGGUGUUUGACGGAGGGAGCGUGCGGAUAGAAGCAACGACGGGUCGCGGCACAAUGAUGGCCGCCUCUCCAUCGGUCGCUGGUUGCCUGAGCGCAUCAGGGAUCAGCGGCCGUAAGAGCGAGGAGAUCGCAGAUCUGAUAGAUUUGUUCUCGAAGACGCAGUACAGAGCCAAGGAAAUCACUCCCAGGGUGGAACGGAUAGAGAAGCGCUGUCUGGAGCUGUUUGGCAGAGACUACAAGUACAGCAUCAUCCACAACACCAACGGUGAUGUUUGCGGCCACUAUCCCCGACAGAUAGUUUUUCUGGAGUAUGAGUGCACCGACCCUAAUAAAGACAGGUUUGAAACCUCUGUUCAGAUUACCAAGCUACAGGAUUUGGUGAACCGCAGCAAGAUGGCUCGAUGCAGAGGGAGGUUUGUGUGCCCAGUCAUCCUGUACAAUGGCAAGCAUGUGUGUCGCUCGUCCACUUUGGCUGGCUGGGGGGAGUUGUAUGGACGCACCGGCUACAACUACAUCUUCUCGGGUGGCACUGAUGACACGUGGGCGGAGUCUGAGGAGGUGCCAGAGGACGAGAGUGCAAGGAAUGGGGACUCCCAGCUCUUUGACAAGGUGCGCGGCUCGGACAUCAAGCUGCUGCGCUACCUCUCGGUGCGCUACAUCUGCGACCUGAUGGUGGAGAAUAAGAAGGUCAAGUUUGGCCUGAACGUCACCUCCUCUGAGAAGGUGGAUAAAGCCCAGCGCUAUGCAGACUUUACCCUGCUUUCCGUGCCUUAUCCAGGAUGUGAGUUCUUUAAGGAGUACAAAGAUCGGGAUUACACAGCGGAGGGGCUGGUGUUCAACUGGAACCAGGACUUUGUGGAUGCUCCUUUGACAAUCCCUGCUUGCUUUACCAAGAAUCUGAAUAUUGAUUGGAGGGCAUAUCAGUCAUGGGAUCUGGUUGAACAGACUCAGAACUACCUGAAGCUGCUUAUUCAUAUCAUAAACAGUGAUGAUGAGAGUGGUCUGCUGGUGCACUGCAUAUCCGGAUGGGACCGGACGCCUCUCUUCGUGUCCCUCCUGCGCCUCUCCCUCUGGGCGGACGGUGCUGUACACGCCACUUUGGAGCCCAGCGAGAUCCUGUAUCUGACCAUCGCCUAUGACUGGUUCCUCUUUGGUCACAUGCUGCCUGAUCGUCUCUCUAAAGGGGAGGAGAUUUUCUUUUUUUGCUUCAAUUUUUUGAAGCACAUUGUCUCUGAGAAGUUCUCGGCCGUAAGAAAACAGAGAAGGAAAAACUCUCACUUCAAAGACACUGAUUUCACAGUGGACGACCUCUGCCAACUCAAGUCCAGAGACCGGGGCAGCGCCACCAGCCUCAGCAGUGAUUUCUCUCUCAUCACUGAGGACUCGGCAGCCGCCACUGCCGCCGCCGCCGCCUCAGGCUCCAGUCUGACCAACGAGGCCGUGGACGUCUUCUACACCGCUCCACCCAGCAGCGGAAGGAAAGCCAUGAUGUCGUCACCUCAGACGGUGCUCUGGAACCGCCCACACCCGCUAGAGGAGCGGCUACCUCAUCCACUCACGGAGGGCAAGUCCUCCAGCUCCUCCUCCUCCAACCAAUCAGAGCAGGGCUUCACUCGCACUGGGAGCAGCCCAUUGGCUGUGCCGGGAAGAAGGUCUAUGGCGGAGUACGCGCGCUCCGGCUCGUCCCUCUCCACCGACUACGGCAGCUGGCAGAUCGUGUCGGGCUGUGGUAGCAUCCACGACCACGGCCCUCUCCAUGCCGAGUCGCCACUGCCCUUCAGCUUCCAGGACGAGGGACCCAGCGGCCGCAUUGAGUAUGUGCCGGAGCGGCAGGCUCGUCUGGAGGCGGUGCGGGAGGUGUUCCUGGCGGCGUACAGCUGCACGGUGGGGCUCAAGUCCGCAGCGCCCAGCCCGUCGGGCGCCAUCUCAGGGCUCCUGGAGCAGUUUGCCCGCGGGGUGGGUCUCCGCGGUACCAACAGCAUCGUCUAAGCGCGGACCCCAGCCCACUGUUAAACCUGUCCUGUCUGGGCCUCUACCAUAGCACCUCAACCCCACCCCACACAUUCUCCAAAACCUGUACCUUUGCCCCCCCCCCAGCUCUCUAACAUUGUUUGUGUACUUGCAUACAAAUCUCCUUUGCCCUAGCAACUUAAGAACCUCAAGAACCGACCCCCCCACCCCCGGUCUGUGUACAUGUAUACAGACCUCCUCACCUUUCUGGCCUACUGUAGCAGUCCUGUCCUCCUCCCCACUCCUCUCCUCCUCCCCACCGGAUGGACAUGGGGUGUCUGUGUGUAAGAGAGUGAAGUGACUCAAAGACUGUUCUGAAGGAGAACAUACUCAAAUGCUGGUUUGUUAUAAUCUAUUGGAAGACAAAAAAGAGAGAAAAAAAAGUGCCAAACUUUAAACACGGGCUGUAUUUCCUUAUUAUUCUUUUAUUUUAUGUUAUGAUUUUAUUUUUUAUUUUUAUUUUAAGAUGCGCUACCUUUUAUUAUUAUUUUUUGAGGUUGCUCCAGGUCCUUUUUUCUGUUUUUCUUUGUCUCCAUGUUACACAUUUCUAUUUGAAGCACAGAGCUGGCAUGUGGAUGUUUGGGGGGGUGGUAAAGUUGGUUGGGUCAUUUGGGCUUUUUAAACAACAGCGAUCACAUCCAGCCAGAGUAUCAAAAAGGGAAGCUCUUUUCUGUCUUAGCACUAUACUUCCACUUAUAUUAAAAGAACAAGAAAUGAACAAAAAAAUCUACAUAGCAUUAACAUGAAGAAUAGCAUGAUGCUCUUACCUGAUAACCUUGACACAAUGCCUUUGUCUUGUCUCAGAACUGCCCUGACAGUUUGACUGCGUCCCAUCUCUAAGCUGCACAUAUAAGGCUGACAUCAUAGAUUUCGGUUUGAAUAUCAACAUUUACCGUCCCACUUUAUGAACUGUUUACCCCACAGUUUGCUUUUUUUUUGUUUGGCAUUCUGUGAUCUUUGUGACCCAAGGGUUUCAGGCUGCUGUCUUUUCUAGUACUAAUGAUUUAGUGUAGAGAACACUGUUCAAAAAGGCAGCAUUUAAAAAUGUUUUCUUCCCUUCUAAGGAAACGGUUUAAGAAUUUUACAUCUAUUUAAGGGAUGGGUAAAUCUCAAAAGCUGCUAUUAGGACAUUAGAUCAUGCCCUUGAAUAGGGUAUCAUUGUAGCUGAUCUAUCUCUGCAGAUCUUACUUGACUGUCGCCUUUCAUGUCAGUGCAAUGAUGAAAGAUGUUUAUGAUGUGGAUGUCCGAGUAAGAGGUUAGUCAAGAAAUUUAAAUGUGGGCCUAUAUAGAUGUAGAUGUGUUUUGUUUUGUUUUGUUUCAAAAUGGUCACGGUCUUAUAACAUUUUUAACAUGAUUUGAAGAUCAGCAUGUUUUAAGGAAUGGAGAGAUGGGUACAGAAAGACAUGGCGCCCAUGAUAUGCACUACCGUUCAAAAGUUUAGAGUCACUUAGAAAUGUCCUUGUUUUCAUCAUUAAUGUUAUAAAUUAGAAAUUGCUGAUUUUUAAUGCAAUAUCUACAUAAGUAUACAGAUGCCCAUUAUCAGUAACCAUUCGUCCAAUGUUCCAAAGGCACAUUCUGUUUACUAAUCUGCAAUCA